AUGUCUCAGAACGCUCAGAAUCCAUCUCAGAUGGGCGAGGAGGAGAUGAGCGAGGCUUUCGGUCCCCUCCCCGUCAGCAAACUCGAGGACUUUGGCAUCUCAGGCUCUGAUUGCAAGAAGCUGGCGGAAGCGGGCUACAACACGGUCGAGAGCAUCGCCUUCACGCCCAAGAAGAACCUGCUCCUCGUCAAGGGUAUCUCGGAGGCAAAAGCAGACAAGGUCCUGGCCGAAGCCGCCAAGUUGGUGCCCAUGGGCUUCACCACCGCCACCGAGUUCCACGCACGCAGAAACGAGCUCAUCUCAAUCACGACCGGCUCCAAGAACCUUGACGCUAUCCUCGGCGGUGGUAUGGAAACCGGAAGCAUCACCGAGCUGUACGGCGAGUUCAGGACAGGCAAGAGUCAGCUUUGCCAUACCUUGGCUGUCACUUGCCAACUGCCCGUCGACAUGGGCGGUGGUGAGGGCAAGUGCCUUUACAUCGACACUGAGGGCACCUUCCGACCUGUGCGUCUCUUGGCCGUCGCCGAACGAUACGGUCUCGAUGGAAAUGAAGUACUCGACAACGUUGCCUAUGCUCGAGCAUACAAUGCCGACCACCAGCUUCAACUCUUGAUGCAGGCUUCUGCGAUGAUGGCCGAGUCGCGCUUCUCGCUUCUAAUCGUCGAUUCGCUCACCUCGCUCUACCGUACCGACUUUUCUGGCCGAGGUGAGCUCUCCGCUCGACAGAUGCACCUGGCCAAGUUCCUGCGUGGUCUGAUGCGAUUGACAGACGAGUUCGGUGUCGCUGUCGUCAUCACGAACCAGGUCGUGGCUCAGGUCGAUGGAGCCACUGCGUUCACCGCUGAUGCCAAAAAGCCCAUUGGAGGCAACAUUGUCGCGCACGCCUCGACCACGCGACUCUCUCUGCGCAAGGGUCGUGGCAACCAGCGUAUCUGCCGUAUUGCCGACUCGCCAUGCCUUCCCGAGGCCGACGCUGUCUUUUCGAUUGGCCCAGAGGGCAUUAUUGAUCCCGUUGACUGA